GUUUCUUGUUUUGUUUUGCAGGUUCAUUCUUGGCUUUGUUGUGGGCGACAGUUUCUUUGCCGAAAUCCCGCGGACCUGAAACUACACGCUUCGACCCGUGGUUUUUUUGACUGUGUUUGUGUCCCUUCGUGCUGCAAACAACAGGCCAAGAACAACACACGAUCAAAAAAAGCGAGGAAACAGCAACAAACUAAGCCUCAGAAGGCGCUGCACUUUGGUCCAAGACUCGAGCCUUUUAGUUUCUUUUGCUUGUUGCAAAACCCCCCCCCUUUUUUUCACAACACAACAAUGACGGAAGUCCCUGUCGCUGCCGCUGCCACCCCGGCGCCUGCGACCGACGCGACUGCCCCCGUCGUUUCGGCAACACCGGCUGCUGCUGCUGCUCCUGCUGCUGCUCCUGUUGCCGCUGCCGCCGCUCCUGCCCCUGCUCGCGCAACGAUCGCGCCCGCCCCGGCCGUCAACCCCUGGAAGCGUCCCGGCACACCCGCGACCAACCCCACUGAGGGCGCCAAGGCUGCCGAUACCAAGACCAAGUCUCCCAUCGGCGACGCGUCUGCCUGGCCCACGCUUGCCGAGACUCCCGCGGCUCCCGCAGCCUCCAGCAGCAGCAACGGUGCAACGGCUCCUUCUGCCGCCGCUGUGCCAAAGCCUGCUGGUGGCAAGAGCAAGUGGACUCCGCUGGCGAUCGACACUCCUUCUUACAGCCAGCAGCAGCAACAACAACACCACGCGAGCGAGUCGAACGCCUCCAGCUCGUCGUCCUCCAAAUCCAACAACACACAACGCUCGGGCGCCAAGUCUGGCUCCGGCUCUGGCUCUGGCUCGUCCGGUGCUUCGCGCGGCACAAGCAACACCAACCGUCGUGGUCCCUCCUCUUCGGGCAACGGCCGCUCUGGUGCCUCUGCCUCGUCCGCCGCUGCCACCCCUGCUGCUGAAGGUGCUGCUACCUCUGGCGCUGCCGCCUCCACCCCUGCUGCUGCUGCUGCUGCUUCCGCUGCCACGACCGCUGACGGCAAGGCGCACAACCAGCAGGCUCGCUCGUCGGCCCCGCGUUCUGGCAACUCGCAGUCCCGCAACAACUCGCACGCCGGCGCUGGUGGCAACCAGUCCCACAGCCGCGCCCGCAAUGCCGGUGGCGUGUCUUCAAACAACAAUGCCCACAGCAACAACAACAACAACAACAACAGCAACAACUCGUCGCGCAACGCUCGCCACCCGCAAAUGUCGGCAACGCUCGCUGCCCAGCACGCUGCCCAGGCUGCUGCUGCUCAGGCGGCCAACGCUGCUGCCGCCAACGCUGCGUCCUCGGCCGGGUCGGCUGCGCACCCUCACAGCCACCAGCAACCAGCGCUGCUCGGCACUGCGCCAGGCGCGCAGGCCGCCGCUGGCGCCAACAACGCUGCCAGCGUCGCUGCCACUUCCGCCCCUGCCUUUGCGCCGCCCUCGUAUUUCCAGCCCGUUGUUUACGCCCCCGUGCAAAUGGACGAUCAGACUCGCCGCGACCUCGUUCGCCGCCAGAUUGAGUACUACUUUAGCGUGGAGAACCUGCUUCGCGACAAAUUCCUCCUCUCCAAGAUGGAUGCGCAGGGCUGGAUUCUUGUCUCGGUGAUUGCCACUUUCAACCGCGUCCGCAUUCACUCGCAGGACAUUGAGUUUAUCAAGUCGGCCAUGAGCAACUCUGUUCCCGUCGAGCUUUCGGCCGACGGCUUGAGUUUCCGCAAGCGCGGCGACUUUUCGGCCUUUGUGCCCAAGGCGACCCUGGCCGCGACUGCUCCCGCCGCCGCCGCCGCCGCUGCUGCUCCCGCCACCGCCACCGCCACUGCCACCGCCACCAGCGCUGGCUCGGACGACGAGGUCGUUGAAGACUGGACCAUUGUUAAGCACCCGCCAAAGUCCAAGCGCCAGUCGCUUGGCAGCAUUUCGCAGUCCAUUCAGUUCAAGGAUCCGAUUGACGACUCUGGCAAGCCCGAGGCUUCCGCACGGUCUGGCGCCAAGAAGCCUGCCGCUGGCGACGAGGAUGUCGAGGAGCUCGACUUUCAGUUUGACGAAGAUCUUUCCAGCCAGGGCGCCGGCGCCGGCUCGUCCAGCAAGAACGACUUGAGCGAUGACGACGACGAAGAGUCGGACGGCGAGUGGGACGACGAAGACGUUGCCAAGCUGCUCAUCGUCACCCAGACGCCUCCCCCGCGCAAAAACCGCAACGUGGUGACCAAGCGUGACCGAACGGCCAGCUUCACCUCCAAGAGCGCUCUGUCGUCCGAGAUGGCUGAUCGCAUCAACGAGGGUCUGUACUACUAUGAGCAAGACAUGCUCAACCAGCACGACGAAAACUCGUACGAAAACCGCAAGCAGGACAUUGAGGCCCACCUGUCGCGCGUGUCGGUCGUCGACGAGGCUUCGUUCCGCAAGGAGCAGGCUCAAGCGGAGGCCACCGCCUCUGCUGCCGCCGCAGCUGUCGCGCCCCCGUCCAACCCGCAGACGCCCAUGACCCCCGGCCGCAUGACCCCGCGCACUCCCAAGACUCCCAAGGAUGCCAAGACCACCCCCCGCUUCUACCCCGCCCCCACCGGCAAGGAGGAGAACGUGCUGGCCUCUCCCGACGUCGCUGGCAAGAAGAAGGCCAAGACCAAGUAUUCCGAGCAGCCUCCGAUCGAAUCCAACGUCGGCUGGCUCAUGUCGCCGCGUCCUUUCCACCCGCAGGAGACUACCCCGACUGCCAGCCCGCUGGACAGCUCCCCGCUUCAGCAACGGCUCCAAGCCGAGCAGCAGCAGCAGCAGCAGCCGCAGGCAUCGCAGCCCCAACAGGUUGCCCAACCCCAGGCUGCCGCCUCCUCUUCUGCCGCCGCCGCCGCCGCCGCUUCGACUUCUUCGGCUGCUGCGGCUCCCGCCCAAUCCGCUCCCACGGACAUUCCCUCGUCCCGUCAGCGCACCGAGAGCUUCUCGUCGAGCGUGGACGCCCUUGGCACUUCGAUUCCCAAGUUCUCGCACCCCACGCACGACAUGCUCAAGCAAGGUGGCUUUGUUCAGCACAAGUACCACAAGUACGAGCAGGCCUGCCUGAAGGAUCGCAAGCGCCUUGGUGUUGGCCAAUCCAUGGAAAUGAACACCCUGUUCCGUUUCUGGUCCUUCUUCCUGCGUGACAACUUCAACCGCAGGAUGUUUGACCAGUUCCGUGGCCUUGCCAUCGAGGAUGCCCGUGAAGGCUUCCGCUACGGCUUUGAGUGCCUCUUCCGCUUCUACAGCUACGGUCUUGAGAAGCGAUUCCGUCCCGAGGUUUUCGAUCUCUUCCAGGCGGAUACUCUGUUGGACAUGGAGCUUGGCUACCAAUACGGUAUUGAAAAGUUCUGGGCGUUGCUCAAGUACCGCAAGGACUCUCGCCCGCUUAAGCUCGACGCCAAGCUGCAGAGCAUUCUUUCCAACUACAAGACGCUCGACGAUUUCCGACCAAAAUAAGCGCAGUUGGUCUGUUUUGCCAACCAAUCAACCUGUUUCGUUGCGCACUGCCACUCAACUAUUGCUUGAAAAAUGCCCCUCCCGCCCCUCGCGCCCAUGUGCUUGUGAUGCCUUGUUACUUCCCUUGCCUUGCCUUGCCUUUGCUUUCGUCGUUGUAUUCUCACUAUCGUCUUUUUUUUUGAGUGGUUUGUCAAACCAGCUCUUCCCACAGUCUUAAAAACCUACCAAAUCCGCAUGUCUUUGUCGUUGUUUGUUUGUUUGUUGUUAUUUGUCUCUUCCCCCC